CAGCAGCUGGUUCACCCAAGGAACAGAGGGCACCGUCUCUCUUCUCCCUCCCCACAGUGGUUGGUAAGCAUUAGGUGGUGGGCGCACGUCACAGCGUUUGGAUUUCGCUCUUUGCCUUUUGGUGCCUAUUUAAACCCCACCCCUUACGGCUUACAAGAACGGAAAGAGAGAGGAAAAGAAAGGAUAGCUACGACCGCCAUUGAAUUGGAAGCAAGAGACGAACCGAUGGAACAAGAAGACGACCUCUCUUCUUCUUCUUCUUCUUCCUCCUACGCCUCCUCUUUCUACGCCAUGAGGCAGUGCCGGAUUUGCCAUGAGGAGGAGGACGAGAGCUCCGCCGCAAUGGAGUCUCCCUGCGCGUGCUCCGGCUCUCUCAAGUACGCGCACAGGGGGUGUGUGCAGAGGUGGUGCGACGAGAAGGGGAGCACCCUCUGCGAGAUUUGUCUUCAGGGUUUCGAGCCAGGCUACACAGUCCCUCCCAAGAAAGCUCCGGCCGUUGAGGUGCUGGUUACUGCCAGCGAGGACGAUGAUGAGGAGGAGGAGGAGCUGGAUGGGCACCAGGGGAUGCAGAAUGCGGCGUCCGACGGACCGAUGGACGGCCCGGAUCCCGCCGGCUGCUCAUGGUGCCGGCCGUUGGCGAUAACAGUACGAGCUGUUGCCUGGCUUGGCACAAAACUGAACCAACCGCAUUUCUGUCCGUUACCGGACAGGUCAGAGCUGUCUGUCACCUCGGUUCUGAUCUCUGAAACUUCUGUGCACGCAGUUCACCAUCAUACUGCUGGUGUGGCAUCUCAUCGCCGUGGUGACCAUCAAGGCCGCGGAGCACUGUGCCUUCAGCCUCCUCACGAUGUACAUUCUUCGGGCCGCGGGGAUCUUGCUGCCGCUCUACGCCGUCAUGAGGGUGAUCCGCAUGAUUCAGCACGGGCGGCGCCAGUACCGGUUGCAUCAGCUGCUUGAGGAGCAAAGAAGAAGGAAUGCAUCCAGGCGUAGCCAGGAGCAGCAGCAGCUUGUAAUUAGCAUUCAAUGAAUACUGCACAUACUGUAUUGCAGGGGGCAAUGUUCAAUCAAUUCCAUCAGUUGUAAACCAUUCAUAUAAAUAAAUAUUUAUAUAGUAAAGUUGAAAAUUACA